CGGUGUUAUAUGAAUAUGUUCCCUAUUAUUCUUUUAUUUGUAUUCGCUUGGUUUGGACUUUGCGGUGGUCAUCGCAGCGAGAAUGAGCAUCGCGUCAAUUCUACAAUGCUGGAUUCACAGAAAUGCGAGGACGCUCCAGUCAGGUUUGGCGAUGGUAUGUGUCUAAGUAUGGUUCGGCUGAUAGUCAUGUGUUGUCUUGGGGUCGUGUCCAUCGUGGUAGCCACGCUGUGCUGCUGUAGUCGCGCAAAGCGGACUCCAACUACACCGUUCAAAACCCAUGGAGACGUCGAACAAAUACUGAUGUCGUACGAGCGUGAGGAUAAACUGAUUGCUAAACAUGAUGGGAGACAAGUGCUCGAAACUAAUCAUUUUCAGGCUGCUUGACGGGGAUUAUAUAAUAUGCUUUUAUGUAAGGUGGUCAGCUGUAAAUUGAUCAAUUGAGUUAUUUGAACAAGUUUGUUAAUACUAAAUUAAUGAUUUACCUUUUCGUAAAUACAACAUUUCAGAACUCUUGCGAUAUGUAAACUGACUGGUAUGUUCAACAAUUUUAUAUUUUGAAUGAUUUUAUAUCUCUGUGGUAUUUAUCUGUAUUAAAAUUGUUUAUGUUGUCUUACUGAUAUUGUUUAAAUCAGUAUUCACUAUACAUAUCUUAAUCAUGAUCAACAUUUAAUUGUACUGUACAUGUGUAAUACAACAUUUUAAUUUAAAUCUUGUAUGUUUAUUGGUCCCAGUACGAUGUUAAAAUGCAUUAAAACAUACAAGGUUGAUUUUUGAAAAAAUGUAUAUUAUCUAACUUCAAGUUGCAUGUUGCAAUACUUAUAUUAAAUGUCGUACAUAUACUGUGAAAUAUUUUACGGUCAUGUACAUGUGUUCUUUAUUUCUUUAGUAAGGUUUUGUGAUACAGUGUAUUAUGUUGAAACGUGUACAUUUAACAAGUGUAAUAGUGUGAUUUAUCAUUUGUCUGCAAUGUAUGUCCGAAAGUGUUGCAACUCGUUAAUAAAUCUACCUGUAUAAGCUAUAUUAAGUAAGAAGUCGGAGUUUUCUCCGCUGCAUCAUAUGGUCAUAAUCCUUAUUAAUUGUAUGAAAAGUCUAGCAAAUGCUUUCUCCAUUAUUCUACUUGACUAACACGUAGUUUUGAGUGCCAGCAUUUAGCUGCACAUUGUUCACUAGUCAAACUUGUCCGCCAUUUGCAUUUUGUAGGCUACGGCGUAGUAAAUUAUGUAUAUAAGUGAAUCCAGUAAUUUCAAACAUUUGAAUGUGAUGUUAUAUUGUAUUUAUGUAUAACCUAUUGUUUUGUGUCAAAUUCAUAUUAAUAUUUUGUUUGUUAUUUAAUGUAUCUCCUCAGAUCUGCAAUGCUGAGGAGCACUAUUUCACUAUUGCUCUUGCUGAAUGCUGGUGUAAUUCUGGGCUCACUUAUCUUAUAAGCAUCACUGUUGUACCUUAAAGUAGUUAAUGCUGCAUUGUAUUAUAGAACAAUGCAUGUUCCUUUCUUUAUUUCAAGACUAUAUAAACACUUGUUAAGUUAGUAUUAUAUUAGUUAUGUUUCAUAUAAAAAAUGAGCCGCAUUACUCAGCCAGCUUUGCUGGUGAAAAUGUCCAAUUCUGAUUGAUUACCAGCAUCGCCAGCACCAGUAACCACUAUGUUUGGCGCUUCAUUUUGCAAUGGAGUCGGUCAUCAGUUGCCAGUCUUCAGAAUAACGUUACAGUCAGUCUAAACCAGUCAUGAAAAGAGACCAUGCUGGUUUUUAAGUUAUAACAUAACUACAUUACCUAAAUUAACUACACGUAUACCUACACCAAUAUUUCUAGCAAAAUAAAAUAACUAUUAAGGUUUAAAAAAAUUAAGUAGUUCAUACAUAAGAUGACUACUGGCUCCAUUGCUGACUCUUGAAAUACGUUUAUAAAUGGCUUGCAAAAGUGAAUAAAUGAAUAGAAUCCUGA